AUGGCCGCCCCAGACGCAGACGCCUAUGAACAACAGAAUGUGCAUGAGGUGUACCAGCAGAUUGCUGACCACUUCUCCUCCACCCGGUAUAAGCCAUGGCCCAUUGUGGAACAAUUCCUCCGAAAUCUGAGUCCGGGCGCCGUGGGUCUUGACGUCGGAUGUGGCAAUGGCAAGUACUUGUCUGUCAAUCGAGACGUCUUCAUCGUUGCUUCCGAUAGAUCUGAGAAUCUGGCGCGGAUUGCGGUCAAGCACCAGCCGCAUUCAACCAUUGUGGCCGAUAUUCACCAUCUCCCGCACCAGAAUGCCUUCUUUGACUUCGCCAUCUCCAUCGCCGUGGUGCAUCACCUGUCGACUCCGGUACGCAGAGUCCAGGCCGUCGCGGAGAUUCUGCGGACCCUGAAGUCGGGUUCAGAGGAGCAGGUCGGCGGCAAGCUCCUGAUCUACGCGUGGGCUCUCGAGCAGAAAACCAGCCGCCGUGGUUGGGAUAAGGGCGACCCGCAGGACAUCAUGGUCCCUUGGGAGGAGGGGGAGCUGGAACGGGAUAUCGACCAAGCGGGUGGCCGCGUGUUGGAAUCAGGGUAUGAAAAGGACAACUGGUGGGUUAUUGCCACACCCAAAAAUCGCCCGUGA